UGUGUGAGGGUGGGGGAAACUUUGAAAGUUCGAUGCUGCUGACCCGGCCAGUUCGAGACUUCUCCCUAUCUGCUUCAGCAGCACGUGUACAUAGCAAUUACAAUACUUGUUGCAUAGAGGUAGUUAGUGGAAUAUAUGUCUCUUCAUUCUUCAAUUAUUCUUUGGGAGACCUGGAAAUAUGAGCAGCAAGAAACUAAGACGAGUGGGUUUAUCUCCAGAGCUGUGUGACCGUUUACACAGAUAUCAGAUUGUUAACUGUCAGGACUUUUUAAGUCUUUCCCCACUAGAACUUAUGAAAGUGACUGGCCUGAGUUAUAGAGGUAUCCAGGAGCUUCUGCAUACUGUAAGCAAGGCCUGUGCCCCACAGAUGCAAACGGCUUACGAGUUAAAGACACGAAGGUCUGCACAUCUCUCGCCAGCGUUCCUAUCUACUACCCUUUGUGCUUUGGAUGAAGCUCUGCACGGUGGUGUGCCUUGUGGAUCUCUCACAGAGAUUACAGGUCCACCAGGUUGCGGAAAAACUCAGUUUUGCAUAAUGAUGAGUGUCUUAGCUACAUUACCCAGCAGCCUGGGAGGACUAGAAGGGGCUGUGGUCUACAUUGACACAGAGUCUGCGUUCACUGCUGAGAGACUGGUUGAGAUCGCAGAAUCCCGUUUUCCACAGUAUUUUAACACUGAGGAAAAGUUGCUCCUGACCAGCAGUAGAGUUCAUCUUUGCCGAGAACUCACCUGUGAGGGACUUCUGCAAAGGCUUGAAUCUUUGGAAGAAGAGAUCAUUUCGAAAGGAGUUAAGCUUGUGAUUGUUGACUCCAUUGCUUCUGUGGUCAGAAAGGAGUUUGACCCGCAGCUUCAAGGCAACAUCAAAGAAAGGAACAAGUUCUUGGGCAAAGGAGCAUCCUUACUGAAGUACCUGGCUGGGGAGUUUUCAAUCCCACUUAAAAACUCUGCAGAUGGAGGGUCAUGGCGGCACGUUGUUGCUCAAUGCUGGUACUGGCUCUGAAGACUCGAAACGAAUGCCAAGAGAUCUUGGAAGCUACACACCAUCCCUGACCAGACCCUGGUGAUGAUGCAGACCAGCUUUGACUCCAGUGCAAGAGGACUGCAUCAGGAGCUGGGGACUACCUUCAGUGACCUACAAAAGUGCCUUUAACAUAUUACCAAAGUGGCUUUGAGUGUUGCAGUUUCUUUCAAUUAACAAAGCCUUUCUUACUUUCCUCUCAGCUCAGUACUGAAUCCCUGUGUUUGCUGAGGAAAUAUUGAUUAAUUUGGGUGGAGCAGGCUCAAAAACACUAAUGCUCUGAGUGGCCCUAGAUCUGGGUGGGAACUGUUUAAACUUAUUUUUACAACAGAAGAGAUAAGAUGGCUCUUUAAAAGAGAGCACCAGAAAAAAGAGGAGGGCUUUCAAGAGAAGAUGUAAGCCAUCACCGGUGACCUUUGACUCUUUCACCAUAAUCAGCAGACCUGCCUUUCUGAGUUCUAGAGUGUGUUUAUGGAAACUUCAGUAAACAUGCUUUCAAUGCCAUUGGCUGACUUUUAAAUACACGCUUGCAGCUUUAAUGAAGUCUAAAGUUGUGUAUAAUUUCCUGAAAAGUUUUACAAAUUAGUUUGGAUAUAGGAGAUGGGAUUUGAAAUCAAAAUCAUGCUAUAAAGUUGGGCAGUCUUAAAAUUUUCAUCCAACACAUAAAACAUGUCAAACAUGUUUAAAACCACUUGAAAAGGAAGUCUGAAUAUACUGCCCAUUUAGUAUCAAGGUUCUUCCAGAGUCUCUCGGAUGUGUUUUGUGUUCUUUUUUCAUUCAGUAGAGUUACUGAUGGUUGCUGUAUUCAUAAUUCCAAAAACAGUAAGUGUUGCAAAGAAAACCCACCAUCUUUUCAACUUAAAAAAUAGUAUUUCCUUUUGGACUUUUGUCAACCAAAAGUUUCCUUUUAGUUUUAGUUUCCUUUUUCUUUCUCCCCCACCCCCUUGAGACAGAGUCUUAUAUCUUGUGUAGCUCAACAGACCUUAGACUUGUAACCCUCCUACCCCACACCUCAGGGGCUGGGAUUUUCCUCACCAUCCCUGGCUCUCAUCGGGGAAAGCGUGUGUGAAAACUUGUGGAACUUAACAAGAUGCCUACGUGUCUUUUGAGACAUUGCUGUGUAGCCCACACUGAUCUUAAACUUGUAAUCCUCCUACCUCGACCUCCUGAGUACUGAGAUUUAGAGGCAUGAACCAUUUUGUUUGGCUUUAAACAAAACAAACAAAAAUAAAAAAAAUAAAAAAUG